GCCGUCCCUCCUCCCCCGGGAAAGCGAAAGCGCGGCGGGCGGAAGCCGAGCCCUCCCCGCCGGGCCGGGCCGGGCCGGGGCCGCACCGGGACCACCAUGGCUUCCAUCGGCAACUUCUUGCGACGGAGCCUGCGGCGCGCCGGCCGCCGAGAAGGAAAAGAUGGGGCCUCUGCUGCAGAAAACACCCCACCACGGGUACCACAGGGGAAGCAGGGAGAGCGGAGCUCUGUCUUCUACUCUGCUGGACAGUUCUUCUUUGAGUACCUGGUGGUGGUGUCACUGAAGAAGAUGCCAGAUGGACAUUAUGAACCCAAGAUAACCUACCAAUUCCCAAAGCGUGAGAACUUGCUGAAGGGCCAGAAGGAGGAGGAGGAACGUCUCCUUCAAGCCAUCCCCCUCUUCUGCUUCCCCGACGGCAACAACUGGGCACCUAUCACUGAGUUCACCAGCGAAACCUUUUCUUUUGUCCUGACAAACGUGGAUGGCAGCAGGAAGAUUGGCUACUGCAGGCGGCUGCUGCCGUCUGGGCGUGGUGUCCGACUCCCUGAGGUUUUCUGCAUCAUCAGCUGCCUGGGCUGCUUUGGGCUCUUCUCCAAGAUCCUGGACGAGGUGGAGAAGAGGCGCCAGAUCUCCACGGCAGUGAUCUACCCCUUCAUGCAGGGCCUUCGGGAAUCACCCUUCCCAGCUCCAGGGAAAACUGUCACCAUCAAAAGCUUCAUCCCCGAGUCGGGCACAGAGCUCAUCGAGCUCACACGGCCUGUGGAUGCCCACCUGGAGCACGUGGAGUUCCAGGCUCUGCUCCAGCGACUGAGCCCUCACCUCAUCCUGCACAUCUUCGCCUCUGCCAUGUUGGAGCGACGGCUCAUUUUCCUGGCUGAGGAGCUGAGUGUCCUGUCUCAGUGCAUCCACGCCGUGGCUGCUCUCCUGUACCCCUUCACCUGGGCUCACACCUACAUCCCCGUGGUCCCCGAGUGCCUGCUGGACACUGUGUGCUGCCCCACACCCUUCAUGGUUGGCAUCCAGAUGCGGCACCUGGAGCGGGUCCUGGAGCAGCCAAUGGAGGAGGCUCUGAUAGUUGAUCUCUGUGAAGGGAAGAUCAUCCGGGCGGUGGGGGAUGAGGAGGAGAUCCUGCCUGGAAAGCUGCAGAACGAGAUGCUGGUAUCUCUGAACAGGCACAACAACAACAACAACGUGCACACCUCGGAGCAGGUGAACGCCCUGGUGUCAGAAGCCUUCGUGCACUUCUUCGUGCGGCUGGUGGGGCACUACGGCUCCCACAUCAAGUGGGGCAGGAGCGGCUCCGGCAGCUUCCAGGAGCGAGCCUUCUGCAAGGCCAUCGCCUCCAAGAGCUGCCGCCGACUCGUGAAAAAGUUUGUGAAGACAAACAUGUUUUCCCUAUUUAUUGAGGAGGCGGAGAAGAGCAGGAUCCCACAGGAAGCAUAUUUCCAGCAGAAAAUAAUAGAGUACCAUGAACAGAAGAAGCACAGAAGGGACUCCUGAAGUCCAGCGUGGGAGAAGGGGAGCAGGACUGGGAUUGACACAUCCCUGCCAGCAGCACCAUACUGGACUUUGUUCCUGCCCACCUGGGACUCCUGAGCUGCCUGGGCAGCACUGAGCAGCCUUUCUUUCUCAGGGCAUCAUUGCACUGGAAAACUCUUUGCACAGAACUAGCA